AUUCACUAAGCAUGGACUCAAACCAUUGUGCUUCUCCAGCUGCCACUCUUUAACUCUCUUUUUCGAUCGACAAUUGCAUUAUGCCAAUUAUUUUCCUCUGAAAUAAUAACUGAAAAGAGCUAACUUCUUCUUCGUUUCUGCAAAUUCCAAUCAUAAUUUUAGCUGAAAACAGUAUGGCAGAGAAGAAAGGAGAAAAACAACACGACGACCUAGAAACAGGAAACACAGAGGCGGACUCUUCUUCAAUGAAUACGGAUGAGAUUUCAGUGGUGACAAACUCAACACCAAAUGAUCCUCGUCCAAAAUCAGUAGACAAGGAGAACACAACUCGUAGUGAGAAUUCAAACUCAAAAGGCAGAAGAGGGGAGGGCAUAGGCAGUUCUGCUACUUCCACAACAAGUAAGAGCAGUGGAUGUUUAGUGUUUUUAUUGGUUGUGCUUGGCUUGUUUGUCGUCCUUUUAGCGCCUCUUUGUUCCCUGAUUGCGAUCGCUUGCUUAAUCGUUACUGCAAUUGCUGCUCCUAAGAGGUGGACAAUUUGGGUGCUAUUGGAGUGGAUUGCAUUGAUUGGCAUCACUGGGCUUUUGAUUGCUAGUUUAACCAGCCACAGUCUGAAAAACCAUUUGAUUUGGGAAUUAGAAUUUUGGAAAUGUUGUAUUUUGUUAAUGGUUGUUGUUUGUGGUGAAUUGAUUUCUGAGUGGAUUGUGAAUGCUGUUUUUCUGUUGAUUUGCUUCUUGUUUGCGGGCAAUUUAAAUGCUUACUGCUUUGUUUAUGGAUUGAAGAGAAAUCGAGUUUUUGUCUGGUGUGGCUUGGUUCUUAUAGCCUGGCUUGUGUUGGUUAUAUGCUUUGGGAAUCGAGAAGGGACGAGAUCGGUGGAAACUAAGAUGAUCCUGAAUUAUGUUACCAGGGCUCUCGCUUCCCUUUCCGUUGGGGCUGGUUUAUGGCUGGGGAAAGAUCUUUUACUCUCGUAUAUUGUUAUUUCUUUCCAUGGUAAAAAUUCCUUUGAAAAAAUUCUGAAAGUCAUGUUUAAUAAGUUUGUGAUCGAGACUCUCGAUCAUUCAUCUCCUUGGUCAGUCCGAGUCCGUUUAAUUCGGAGAUAUGGCUUUUUCAAUUGGGCGGACGAAAUAAACAAGGGGAAGCAGGUGGACGAGAGGAAGGAGUCGGUUUUCGCAAUAAACCUGUUUAUUGAUUGCGUGAGUGGUGAUUCUAAUUAUAAGUUUACACCAAAGCUUAAAAAUGCUAAGCAGGUUGCAACCAGGAUUUCGAAUAAGGUCCUCCAAAGAGCUCUGGACGAACAAAAGAGUGGUCGGAGUUCAGACACCCAGAUUACAGACAACAGAGCUCUGGACGAACAAAAGAGUGGUCGGAGUUCAGACACCCAGAUUACAGAAAACAGAGAUGAGCCGCACAAGAGGGCUGCUCAGAGUUCAGAUCCCAAGGGAGACAACUGCUGGAAGAAAGCUUUGCAGUACUUUUUAAGUAGGAUCACCAUUUUUGAAAGGUUGAGGAAUGCUGGUCAGGACUUUUUACAUGGCUUUCCCAAUCUUAGAAGGACCAGAAAGGGAGAGGAUGGAAAGGCUGUUGCUUCUCAGGUUUCAGAUACGGGGUCUGGGGGUGACGGAGAGAUUACCAAAGACGCCAUCUCAAGCUUCUUCAAAAGUGGCGAAAAUUUGCCUUUCGAGCCCAGUACUGCGCGGAUAAACGAUGAAGUUGACAUGUUGUUUCAACUUAUAGACGGAAAUGCUGCUGGAGGAUCAGACCCCAAAGUCAUCACAAAAAUGAAUUUGGAGAAGUGGAUAGAAGCUGCUUAUGAGGAAUGCAAGUCGCUAGAAUCUUCUUUACAUGAUACCAGGAGAAAAAUGGCAGACUUGAACACGCUUUUUAAAGGGAUAGUCAUUGUUCUGAUCGUUAUUCUGUGGUUACUUAUGAUGAAAGUUUUAUCGACCCAAGCAGUUGCCUUGAUUUUAUCCCAACUUUUUGUUCUGGCAUUCGUGUUUGGUGACACUUGCAAGAAAAUAUUUGAAGGCAUUAUAUUUGUGUUUGUUAUACACCCAUUUGAUGUUAACGAUCGUUGUCUCAUAGAAGAUCGACAAGAGGAGAUGGUUGUGAAAGAGAUCAAUAUUCAAACGACGGUCUUUUCAAGGGUGUGUGCUGUUGAUAGUGAGGUUCUUGAGGCGAAAAUUGUUUAUCCAAAUUCAGUUUUAGCUACCAAAUCCAUUUGCAGUUUUCACAGCAGUCGGCGUGAUGAUGAGGACCAUAUAGAAUUUGUUGUUGAUGCUUGGCCAUGCAAAAACAAAGUUGAACAGCUGGAGAAAGAAAUAAAAAUGUAUGCAGAGGAACGUUCAUGGAAAAUAAAAAACUUCAGCAUACUUGCUAAUGGCUUUGACGAUGGAGACAAGAUAAAAAUGGGUGUCUACCUUACUUACGAGCACAAUGAGGACGAUAAUGAAAGAAGAAAGAGGAAAUCUGGAAUAAUCUUGUUCCUGAAGCAAAAUCUUAAAGAUACACUUACAUUAGAUGCAGCAGCAAUUCCACCUGCUGAUGUCUGAUGGUAGUAAAAGUUCCUUUUUCUAAUUUCUACGUCUAAUAGGGGAAUGUAAGUACAUAGCUCGAUCUAUCAAUGUUGUCCUCAUUAUCUUCUUCUAUAUUGUAUGUUGUCGCUUGAGACUGCGCAUGUUGUUGCUUGCAUUCUUGGCUCUGCCAGGAAAAGAAUAAAGAGACGAUUUCAUU